AUGGAACAAUUAACACAUUUAACGGGGAAAAAGUUGGAAUCAUUAAUGAACAAGAAAUCCAGUUCUCAGAAGAACACUGAGAAAAUAAACAAAAAUUAUGCUGAAAAUUCAAACAAAGUUUGCGAUGAUGAUGAAGAAGAGAUAACUACGAAAAAAGAUGAUGAAUAUGACGACGAAAAUGGUGACAAGCACGAAAAGGCCGGAAAGAGAAAGAAAUUAGAGAAAAAAUUGAUCGAAGGUUUUAAGUUGAGGUUUGAAAUGAUAAGUAUGGACGACAAAUGGAGGCUUUUUUCAGGCAUAUUUGCAGAAGAUGACUUGUAUAAUUGGGCAGUGACUCAACGUUCCGAAACACUUGCACACUCUUUUAUACUUGAUACAGGUUGUCAAAAAGGUAUAGAACUAUUUAGUUUAGAAGAAAAAGAAAUAAUUACGAACACUGAUAAAAAAACUUUUUCAGAUGUUGUAGAUGAUGUUAAAAAAUACGUCAUGAAAUAUCAUAAGCCAUGGCUUGUGAGUCAUGUUUGGAUCUUUGUUAUUGAGGUGAUAUUAAAAGAUAUUGAAGAAAUAAGAAUUGGAAAGUCAGAUGGUGGUUCGUCUGCAUCAAAAAUUCGAAAAAAUAAGAAAAGAAAAAUCGGAGAAUCUGUCAUUCGUGGCAGAAAAAUCGAUUUAUUGCUAAAACUCUGUAAUAGUUCAAGGGAAAUAUUAGCUGGAAAAGUAGCAAGAACAGGAGAUAUUCGUGAUAAAAAGACUUUAAAGAACAGAAUGAAGCUAUUAAAACUUAUGAAAGAUAUGCCCGAUUUAAUUAUUGAGUCACUUCCAUCAACAACAAUUGAAAAUUACAGGAAAAAUAAAGGCAUUAUUUAUAUUAUGGAUCGCUCUGGAGGAGUUGUCUCGCGAUUGACUAAAAAAGCCAAUUUAGAAGCACCAAUAUACAUUGAAGGUCUUUGUGGUUUAAUUUUAUCAAUAAUUACAAUUUUAGAAUUAAAGGUGCAGCAGAUGAACCAAGUUAAAGCCGAAAGAUUUCUAGCAAUUGGUCCAUUAACUAAUAUAGCAUUGGCUCAUAGCGAAAAUAAAUCUGUAUUCUUUAGAGUUAAACAAACUAUUACAUUAGGUGAUAAUAUUGGAAAUGUAACACUUUCGGUUGAAUUCAAUUUCUUUUCAGAUCUUCAACUUUCUGAAAUUCAUUCAAAUGUAUCAAUUGGUCCAUUAACUAAUAUAGCAUUGGCUCAUAGCGAAAAUAAAUCUGUAUUCUUUAGAGUUAAACAAACUAUUACAUUAGGUGAUAAUAUUGGAAAUGUAACACUUUCGGUUGAAUUCAAUUUCUUUUCAGAUCUUCAUGCAGUCAGUGAUUUGGUUGAGGCCACUAAAGGUUAUGUCCCCAAAUGA